UCAAAGCUCGGACACGCAAUGUGACCAUUUUCAGCGAUAUUGUCACCAAGCACACCCCGCACCGCAUUGCCUGCUCUUGGCUGCUUUGGCGAGGAAAGCAGCGACGCUCUGCUGAUGAUCGUUGGCUGCCCAUUUCGGCUACGCUCUCGCUCGGCUUUGGUCUCGUCUGUGCACCGAUCGCACACCCCGGCCAGCCUCCCUCGACUACCGCCGUCCAUCCGCCAUUUCUCGUACACAGCAACAGCGAUGGGUAUUCACGGGCUAUCCAAGGUCCUCGGCGACAAUGCCGAGUCGUCCAUGAAGGAGAACGAAAUCAAAAACUAUUUUGGUCGCAAGGUGGCCAUCGACGCCUCGAUGUCGAUCUAUCAGUUCUUGAUUGCUGUCCGACAGCAGGACGGCAUGCAGCUUUCAAACGAGUUUGGCGAAACAACCAGUCACUUGAUGGGCAUGUUUUAUCGCACGAUCCGAAUGGUCGAAAACGGUAUCAAGCCGUGCUAUGUGUUUGACGGCAAGCCGCCGGACAUGAAGUCUUCCGAGCUCCAAAAACGUGGCGAACGCCGUGCCGAAGCCCAGAAGGCUGCAGAGGUGGCCAAAGAAGAGGGCGACGCCGAAGCAGCAGAAAAGUAUGAGCGGCGGACUGUCAAGGUGACCAAGGAGCACAAUGCCGAGUGUCAAAAGCUUCUGAAGCUCAUGGGAAUACCAUACAUCGAGGCUCCAAGUGAAGCCGAGGCUCAGUGCGCGGCCCUGGCCAAGGCUGGCAAGGUCUAUGCGGCUGGAUCCGAAGAUAUGGACACCCUGACCUUUGGAUCGCCGGUGCUGCUGAGACGUCUGACGUUCAGCGAAGCUCGCAAACUCCCGAUCUCGGAAGUCCACUUGGACAGAGUCUUGGAGGGACUCGGCUUCACCAUGGACCAAUUCAUCGAUCUCUGCAUCCUUCUGGGAUGUGACUACUGUGACUCCAUCAAGGGCAUCGGCCCGCACCGUGCCGUUGCCUUGAUCAGAGAACACGGAUCGAUCGAGAAGAUCUUGGAGAAUCUGGACACCAAAAAGUACCCCGUGUCCGAAAACUGGCCCUACCAGCAGGCGCGCGAGCUCUUCAGGAACCCUGAGGUGCUGGAUCCUUCGACAAUCGAUCUCAAGUGGGAGCAGCCUGAUGAAGAAGGCUUGGUUGAGUUUAUGGUCAAGGAGAAGAGCUUCAACGAGGAUCGAAUCCGUGGAGGCGCAAAGAAGCUCCAGAAGAACUUCCAGACGGCGACUCAGGGGCGUCUGGACUCGUUCUUCAAACCGAUCCCAAAGUCACCCACCUCGCCUGAAGCCAAGAAGCGCAAGGAGCCUCCGGGAAAGAAGGCGGCACCAUCGAAGAAGGGAAAGCCCACAUCUCCCAAGGGGCGACGAUAACCCUCGAUCGAGACCAGAGGCGGGUACUGGGAAUAUACAUUGUGUCUGCGGACGAGAUGCCUCUGGCUCUGUCGCUCGCCAAC